CUGCAAUCGGAUUUCCUUCAUUGAAUUACUCAAAAUGACAACAAAGUUUAGCUUAGUCUGAAACGUUUUACAAAGUGAUACUCAAUGGUGCUUGAAAUGACCUAGAAGCCUUAGCAAUACGUUAGUGCUUUCCUGCUUCAGCUGGCCACAAAGUACAUAAUCAAUCUGGACACACCACUUGUUUCCGCUGCCGAGCUCACACUACCUCAGCAAGAAUAAAAAGCUAACACGUCUGGAGGAGAGGAGGAGGAGGCAGGCUGUGAAAUCUGCACGAGUUGCAGACAGGGCUCUCGAUAGUUUGUUUCAGUGUUAAGGCUGAAAGUCUACAUCCAAGUGAACGACGUUUGACCGACUGGAUCUGUCAAAAAUUCUUUGAAGAGCUUGAACCGUAAACGGGACAGAAGCAAUGUGGACGGCUUUGAGUGAUUGUCCAAGCACUGAAUAGCUAAUAUUUUAAAUUUAACUUUCGCUGUUGAUCAGUGUUUUAGUCCAUUUUCUAGUUUGAUUUUUUUUAGUGUUUGCUUUGUAGAGCUGUUUCUGCUUCUGUGUAUUGGAGCAAGCAAGAACAUUCAUCAACAUCACACGAGUUAGUUCAAAGCAGACGGACAGCCCAGCAGCAGUUUCAACUGGUUAGCGGAUGCCCAUUCAUUUGGGCUUAACCCUCUUUGAUCUGCCAACCCAUUUCUUUCAGAGUGAAAUGGCACUGACUCUUCCAAUUGGUCACUCUGGUUGGUUUUAUCGUAAUUAUUGGGACAAUAUGAAGUGCUAUUAGACUCUUCCUUCCAUGCAUUGCCAGGUAAUUCUUUGAAUAGUAGGAGCUGCUGAUGAAUGUGCAGGUCAGGUACUGCGCACCUGAGCAAGUUCUGAAAGGUUCCUUUAUUUAUCAUCUUUCCUCACACGACUGGCUGCAGCAGGGCUGCACCCAUCAUAUCAGACCAGUGCAGCUGACAGAAUCCAUUGCUAUCUCCUGUACUGUGUUGCCGGGAUUUUGUGUAUGUGUGGGAAUGCUUGCCUUCAAUUGCACUCUGGAGGUAAAAUCAUGCACAUGAGACUCUACCUUUUGGCAAGACUUUCCGUGUUCAAAGUUGUUUGGAAGGUUUGACUGGAAGGACAGAGCUACCUUGACCAGACUUCUACGCAACAAAGGACGAGGCUACAGAGGUUCCACUGUCACUUAUGUAUUGUUGCAGUGCCCAGGAAAAUAAGAUGGACUACAAGCGGCGGUUUCUGCUUGGCGGGUCCAAGCAGAAGGUGCAGCAACACCAGUACCCAAUGCCCGAGCUGGGCAGGACUCUGAGUGCACCCCUUACAUCCCCUGCUGCAGCGCCUUCGCUGGCACCCACAACCUCUGCCAACUGCCCCAGCCCUGUGUCCCCCACCACCCAGAUAGCUGACAUCCAGCAGGGCAUCUCCAAAUACCUGGAUGCGCUGAAUGUGUUCUGUCGAGCCAGCACACUCCUCACUGACCUCUUCAGUAGCGUUUUUCGAAAUUCGCAUUAUUCCAAAGCAGCUAUGCAACUGAAAGACGUGCAGGUACAUGUCAUGGAGGCAGCAAGCAGACUGACAGCCGCAAUAAAGCCAGAGAUCGCGAAAAUGCUGAUGGAACUGAGUGCAGGCACAGCAAACUUCAAGGAUCAGAAUGACUUCAGUCUUCAAGACAUUGAGGUGCUGGGCCGAUGUUUCCUGACCGUCCUGCAGGUCCACUUCCAGUUCCUGUCCCAGGCGCUGCAUCGAGUCCAGCCUGUAGCCCACUCGUGCUUGGCAGAGGCCCAAGCCCAAGAGAGGAAGAACGCCAUGGGUACUGAGCCAGUGAAGGUCGGCCACGCGAUGGAGCUGGAGGAGGCUGUGAGGUCCUGGGGAGGAGCCUCAGAGGCCACCUCUCGCCUACGAGAGAGGGGAAGUGAUGGCUGUCUCGCCGGUAUCGAAGUUCAGCAGUUGUUCUGUUCCCAGACCACUGCGAUUCCUGAGCAUCAGCUGAAAGAUUUAAACAUGAAGAUCGACAGUGCUCUGCAGGCUUACAAAGUGGCUUUGGAAAGUCUGGGUCACUGUGAAUACGCGAUGAAGGCUGGAUUCCACCUGAAUCCAAAAGCUAUUGAGGCCUCCUUACAGGGCUGCUGCAAUGAGGCUGAGGUGAAGCAAGCAGGGAGGAGACAUUAUCUCGCCCAGCCACUACAGUGUGAGCUUCCCACCGUACCUGUGCAGAUUGGACCCCACUUCCUGAAGGGCGUCUCCUUCGGUGAAUCUGGAGCAGAGAAUCUGAAGCUGAAGAUGCAAGCGAUGGUGCAGCUCAUCAAGGAAGCAGCUGGACAGAACGAGAUGUCCCCACGUGACGAGUCCCCGACAGAAAUCCUCAACCAGGUCUGCCCAUCGACCUGGCGCGGUGCCUGCAAAACUGCUGUGCAAUUGUUGUUCGGACAGGCUGGACUGGUGGUGGUGGACACAGCACAGAUCGAGAACAAAGAAGCUUACGCACCACAGAUCAGCCUCGAGGGCUCCAGGAUUGUGGUUCAGGUACCUUCAACGUGGUGUCUGAAGGAGGAUCCUGCCACCAUGUCUCUACUGCAGAGGUGCCUGGAUCCUGAGAAAACACUGGGGCUGGUGGAUGUGUUGUACACAGCCGUCUUUGACCUGUCCAAGUGGAAGGAGCGAAGGGAGCAAGCUUUGCCAAGCAUUCAGAUCCAGCUACGGCGAGAGUGCACUGACUUUGGAGGUCACGCGGACCUUCCUGCGGGGAAUGGGACGAUGGUGAAGUCCUCGGGAGGUCUGCAGAAGACUUUUGCCAAGCUCACCUCUCGUUUCACCAAGCGAGGGUCCUGCAGCAGUAGCAGCAGCACGGGCAGUAGCAGCGGAGGGAGCUUCUCCAUCCCCAGCACCCCCUCCAAGGGCAGCUUCUCCAUCUGCACCUCCGAGGAGGAGCGGAAGGGGAAGCUUCCCGGCCACUCGGACCUGAGGCUGCAGAGCAUUCUCAACAUCGGACAUUUCCCAAAGACCGAUUCCCAGGAACCCCCCCGAGGCGCGAGCAACCCCAUCGUCAACGGCUUCUCGCUGGACAAGAGGGAGGCCUUCUUCAAAGGGGAUGACGGCAAGGAUGACCAAGGCAUCAAGCUGCCGAGCGACCAGGAAAUGCAGGAUGUUAUAGACUUUCUCUCUGGGUUCAACAUGGGCAAAUCCCAACAGGCGUCCCCUCUUGUCAACCGAAGGAAUUCCGCCACAGUGCCGGAGCAGAAAGGGGCUCCCCUGCAGCAAGCACAGACUGCACCCCACACUCCACUGCCACCUUCCCAGCAGCUGUUGCAGCAACAGUCACAGAAGCAGCAGCAACUGCAAUAUUACCAGCACCUCCUCCAGCCCAUUGGGCAGCAGCCUCAGCCAGCGCAACCACUGACCCCUCGGGCCCCCGGCAAGUGGCCCAACAGUUCCCCGCAGCAGUCCUCGCAGAGCUCAGGAGCAGGGCUCUCCCCGAUUGGGCCCAUGGGCCAGUGGAACAACCCUGCAACACACUCGGACUUGGGCUCGGACUUGUACAGCCUGGGUCUUGUUGGGAAUUACAUGGACAGCAUCAUGGAUAACGUCAUGUCCGACAUGUUGGGUCCGAAGGUAGCAAACACCAGGAACAACACCUGGCCCAACCGAGUGCAGAGUGACGGAGUCUUCGGAAUGCUGGGAGACAUUCUGCCCUUUGACCCUGCAGUGGGCUCGGACCCAGAGUUUGCUCGGUACGUGGCGGGUGUGAGCCAGGCCAUGCAGCAGAAGCGGCAGACGCAGCACGUCCGACGGCACAGCACCGCGAGGACCAACUGGCCGGUCACUGAGGAGGCUCACAGGGCAUGGCAGCCCCCGGAGUACUUCACCGAGGGGGAUGUGAUGAGCUGGUCAGGUACACAGGGAGACUCUGCCAGUUCCAGCGAUGAGGCUUCUUCUGCUAAUGGGGACAGUUUAUUCUCCAUGUUCUCAGGGCCUGACCUUGUUGCUGCUGUCAAACAGAGAAGAAAGCACAGCAGUGGUGAUCAAGAAACUUCCACCCUACCUUCUCCUCCUGUCUUAUCCACACUAGAUGAUCUUAGCCAGGAUAACAAGACCAAGACGUGGCCUCCGAAAGCUCCCUGGCAACACUUGGCGUCCCUCACCAACACAAUGCCCAAUCCAGGCACCUCCCUGUACCAGGUGACCAACCCAGUCAGCCAGUGGAAUGACUCCAUGCAGAUGCUCCAGUCUGCCGUCUGGUCAACGGCCACCGACAGCUCCCCUUCCACCGGAAUCUCAUCCAAUUUCUCAUACAGCCAGCAGCAGCAAGCUUCCCAGCACAAAACAAUGAACAAGGGCUUCAAAUCCUAUCCCAUGAAGCAGGAGAGGAGACAGUCCUAUCUGCAUCAGUACUGAGUCUUUGGAAGUAACAAAAUCCCCGACCUUCAUGGAGCCAGGGUUCUGUAUUCUAGUGAAGAGUUGCACGAUUCUGGAUGCUGUGAGGAGCUGUUCUGCUACCUGAGUGUCUCGGUUGGUUCCUGGUGCUUGUUCUGCUCUGUGAGUGUGGGGUGGAAGCAGCAGGUUGUUGUGCUGUGAUCAGGGCAGUGGGGAAUGCUGCCCAUUGGAUAACCGAGCGUCAGAACUUCACGGUGUGGGAAUGCACCCCUCACUCGAGGACUCUGCUCCCGUUACUAUAGCAGUCAGAGGUUUACACCAGUUUGUACCAAUGGUCGCCUGCUCCCAGUCUGAGCUGGGUAACUCCGAGGCCCCCUGUCACUGGGGGUCCGGAGAUCAUUGUACACGACGGUCACACUGACCACUAGACGUCUAGAAAGGGGGGAAACACGUAACCACUUUAAGCAGCUGGAGUAGCUUUUUUUGUACUGAACACCACUAGAUUGAAGUUAAAGCAAAACGUAGCACCCUAAUUGGCUGUUAUUCUAAAAGCCAAGGUCUUGUGUCAUCCCUGUUGUAACAUCCAGACCCUCGUUUAAAAUAAAAUGACCCAAGUUCAGGCUGGGAUAGGGAAACCUCCAGAAGCAAAAUUAUUCUAACACUGGUCCUCUGUCAGCCCAAAUCUCCUCCAAGCGAGGACACUUGGAGUAAGUGCUGUGACCCUCCCUAUAGGACUUCAGCCGUUCACUAGGAUACAUUGCCUUGAAAGAGUAGCUUAAUCUUUGUAGUGUUGUGGUGUAGUCGCUGGUUUAAUGUUCUGAAAUGUUGAGUUUUCCACAUUCUUGACUCUGAGCUUUCCUCCUUGUCCCUUCUGUGUGCUGCGUCACCUGCGCCAGAGCCUUUGUAUCCCUGUGCACCAUGUUAUCUGUGGCUGGGGUCCUCACCCGAUGGAAACAGUUUGCACCUCUCCCUGCAGCUGACUCCUAGCCAGGGCAGUGAAGUGAGCACUGUGUCAACUACAGGUGAGUUCCAGUAACAGUGGGAGGAAAACGUUAAACUAAACACACAAGUGUUGCUCAAACUGUUUUAUAGUUAGAAUCAAGGAGAAACCUGGUGGGGGUGGGGGGGGGGGGUGGGGAAGAAAUGUCACCUGUGUAAUUUUUUGUACUUUUUUUAUAAACUUGCCGGUGAUUUUGCUGGAGGGAGUCUCGCAGGCAUUGAGACGUGACCAACAGCCUGCUCCUUACCUCACCUCUCUCGUGCCUCCACUUCACCGUCCAAAGCAGGUGGCUGAGCUGGCGACUGUUCCACCUUCGGCCGCGAGCUCAGCUGGUCCUCGGCUGCAGCUACUGAUCUGGUGCCUUGUUUAGAAAUUCGUUACUCCAUUCCGAGAGGCAGGAGGAAGGGACACUGGCACUAACUUGCCUUGUCGGGUGCAUAUUUUAUAGACGAGCCCACCCCCCACCCACUCUCAGCCUCCUCCUCUCUCCUCUCAUUGUGUCUCUGUCCUUACUCUCUCUAUGCCUCCCUCCCUGCCUCGUGAUCUCAGUCUCUCUUCUGUGAACACCCUGCCAAAGCUCCAGGCGAGGGUCACAUUCUGUCCUUGGAGCUGUAGUUGAGCUGGGAUGAUGGGAACGCCAGUUCUCUCUCUAGCAGAUGAUAGUGCUCAGCCACAGAUCGUACGCCCCACUCCCCACCCCCUACCCCCCCCCCGAGCUCGCCUGGUCUCCAUCCCCAGGCCCAUCCCCACCUCACUUGUCAGAGAGCCGCCUCCAGCUCUAAUCUCAGAAUGUGCUCUGCAGUCACGGGGAGGAUCCCAGCCCCCUGCCACACUCCGCUCCACUGCCCUGACCUGGGGGUGGUAAUGAUGGGAGGUUUAGGCCCUUUGACCACCUCCAGCCCAAAUUCAGAAAUAAUUUUUUUUAGAAAGCAAGAAGUCUGAAAUCAGUUUGGUUCUGUAAGGAGAUUAUUAAACCUUUGGGUUUAGAUCCUUUCCCCAGAGGAUCCGAAGAGAAAGUUAAAGCUGCUUAAGCCUUGUAUAUUGAAGCUGUUACCUUAAUGAGAGAUUGUGGAUGUGACAAUUGGUGCAAAACUAUAUCAUGUAAAAAAAAUCUUACAUGCACUUUCUGCUAAUCUUUCUCCAUUAUAAGUUUGUAUGUGAACAUUUAUAAUGGGAACUACCAGUGUCAGACUGUGGAGAGACAGUAGACAUAAACAACAGACCGUCUUUAAAGACGUACAGAGUCAAAAGUUUCCAUUGGAAAGGUUGCUAUGAAUUUAUAAUGGAAAUGUAUAAAAGUAAGGAUGUUCUGACUGUGAAAUGGGGAUGACUUGCAUUGGCACUGCCCGUCCACUUAACCCCAGCUCUCCAAACCCAUUUCACAUGAAGGUAACACUGUCGUGAAUCCUUGGGUACAACUCCCAUGGAGCAUCGGCUGGUAAAUUUCUUAUUAAAAACUUCAAAAUAUUUUCUGUUUUUUUUAAAAUAAAACUUGCAUCUGCCGCAUACUGAACACACGAGAUGUUUUUGUGCUGAUGGAGUGGGCUGGAAGUGUGUUGGAGGUGACGGUGUCCACAACCGCCUGUCUCUGCAACUGAAUUGAUGGAGGGCACAUCUCUCACUGGAUGCCAGCUUAUUCACUUCCCUACUCUCAACCUGCUGGGGUCUCCCCCUUCCUCUGUCCCUCUCCACCUCUCUGCCUCUGUCUCUCUACCACUCUCUGUACCUCUCUCUCCCCCUCCCCUCCCUCUCUCUCUCUGUAGCUCUCUCUCUCUCUCUCUCUCUAUCUAUCUCUCUCUGUACAUCUCUCUCUGUACCCCCCCCCCUCUCUCUCUCUCUCUCUCUCUCUCUCUCUCUGUCUGUCUGACUGUGUAAUACCUUCAUCGGAUGUCACAAAGAGCCUGGGUGAGGGGUGGUUUGGUUUGUCUGUGUCAGUCAAACAUGAACCCAUCAGUGAAGUAUUUUCUCACUGGGAUGUGUGGCAGAGGGCACCUCUCACUCCACUGUACUGCAACAGGUGGAGCAGUGUAUUAACUUUGCUAGUGGGAUUAUGCUGAACAAUCAAAGGUUUCCCUCCCCACGAUGUAGAAAGCAGAGCCAUCUGCACGUGGAGGUGCUGGAGCUGUGGGUAAGGUCAAGGCUUUAACCUUCUGCAGGUAUAAUUGCCCCAUCACUGACCUCAGACCACUGGUUUGGCGUGACAAAUCGUUUUCCUUGCCCUCGGAGCUACCAGCACAACUGUUUCAAAAAAAACAAUGCUUCAAAUGUUGUCAUUACACAUGUACUCACAGGCUGUGUUUUCAACCCAGUUUAACUGUCCUAUUUUGUUUUUUUAUUUCUGCUGUUUCCAUUGACUGUUGACCCUUCCAGAAAGUGGUGUACUAGUACAGCAUGGAAACAGGCCCUUCGGCCCAACUCCUCUGUGCUGACCAAGUUGCCUAACUGAGCUAGUCCCAUUUACCUGCAUUUGGCCCAUAUCCCUCUGAACUUUUCCCAUCCAUGGACCUGUCCAAGUCCCUUUUAAAUGUUGUAACUGUACCUGCCUCUACCCCUUCCUCUGGCAGCUCGUUCCACACACCUACCACCCUCUGUGUGGAAAACAUGCCCCUUUAAAUCUUUCUCCUCUCACCUUAAAUCUGUGUCCUCUAGUUUUACACUGCCCCUACCCUGGGGAAGAAGUGUGUCCAUCCACCCUAUCUAUGCCCCUCAUGGUUUUAUAAACCUCUAUAAGGUCACGCCCUCAGCUUCUUUCAUUCCAGGGAAAACAGUCCCAGCCUGUCCAGCCUCUCCUUGUAACUCGAGCCCUCCAGUCCCAGCAACAUCCAUGUGAAUCUCUGCACCCCCUCCAGCUUAAUCACAUCUUGUAGCUGGGUGACCAGAACUGCACACAGUACUCCCAAGUGUGGUCUCACCAACGUCUUGUACAGCUGUAACAGGACGUCCCAACUGAGUGACUGCAAUUAACAUCACAGUUGCUGUGAGGUUUGGAAAGUUUUCCUCUCUGUGCUCCUGGUGUAGGGGGCUUGGCACUGUAUCUAUAGCCCACCUGCUGCUGGGGGGUGUCACCAGCCCAGCCGAUCACUGGCUCUUCCAUCCUCAAACCAAAUCAAUAAAGGACGCCCACUUCUUUCAAAGUUCUUCCUUCCUGGGAUUUGGAUUGUAACAGUGUCCCGGAGAUUAACCCUUGAUUCCCGGGGCAGCCCUGAAGUGCUUGCUCUCUCACCUCACCCCUUUAAGUGUGGGUGAUGAUGGCUGGUUCUGAGGCAUUUGGAGUUUGCUGCCAUCCAGUGACCACAGGUGGGACUGCAGGGCGAGGAGAGAGAGAGGUCAGAGCUUGCACUGGGGGUAGUGUUUGGCCAGCGGAACCCAGUCCCAUUUGGCCCUGUUGGACUUGUUUUCGUAAUCACGCAGUUUAAAAGAUGUCAUUUCUGAUUGGCGUGCAUUGUGAUAACUGAUUUGAUUCCUCCAACUGAAGGAUUAACAGAUCUCCAGUCACUUAAACUUAAUAUUUGUAUAAAUGCAUCAACAGUAUUGAUCUUAUUUUUGUAUUUUCUAAAACAUACCAUCACUGUAUAUUUUAAAACAUUUAAGUAAAGAUGGGUUUUAAAAGUG